UGAAUUUUAACGAAAACCUCAAUCUUUCUUUUUAUUUACUACUUUUUUAAGCAUUAUGUACUUUUAAUUUGCUUUCUUUUCAGAUUCGUUAUUGACUGCGAAUACUGCAGCGUACCACCUAAAUGAAAUAAAAAGUCUUUAGGAACAACGAGGUGAAAGGAUGUAGACAACUUAAUUUACGAGUCCCGGUAUGGUGGACGAGAUAAAAACACCGAUAUUCAGGCUCCUUUGCUUGUUUCUUAAAUUGAGCGGAUUUAGUCUUUUUUUCUUUUGUCGUUCACCAAACACUACGUUCGUUUGUUCAUACACAGUAAAGAAAAAUUUGUUUGUUAGUUCUAUAACUCUUUAAAAUAUGGUUGUCGCAACUCGUAAAAUCGGAGACACCGUUGUCUCUCCUAUCGGUUUUGGAUGUAUGGGUUUACAUGCAAUGUAUGGACCUUCCUCUGAGGAAGCCAACCAGGCCGUCUUAACUCGUGCCGCCGACAUCGGCUGUACCUUCUGGGAUAGCUCGGACAUGUAUGGAUUUGGUGCAAACGAAGAUUGCCUUGGCCGUUGGUUCAAGCAAACCGGUCGCAGAAACGAAAUCUUCCUUGCUACUAAAUUUGGUUACGAAAAGAAGCCCGAUGGCAGUGUCGCUUUAAAUAAUACUCCCGAACAUAUUCACAAGGCACUCGACAUUUCCUUAAAACGAUUGAAUGUCGAAUUUAUUGACUUGUACUAUGUCCAUCGCUUUAGUGGCGAGACGCCUAUCGAGACCAUAAUGGAGACCCUCAAGAGUCUUGUUGAAGCAGGCAAAAUUCGCUAUAUCGGUCUUUCCGAAUGUAGCGCAGACACUAUUCGUCGUGCCUGUAAGGUUUACCCCGUCAGUGCUGUUCAAAUUGAAUAUUCUCCAUUCUCCUUAGAAAUUGAGCGUCCCGAGAUUGGUGUCGAGCAGGCUUGCCGUGAAAACAAUAUUACAAUCGUUUGCUAUGCACCCCUUGGUCGUGGUUUCUUGACUGGCGCCUACAAGUCGCCAGAUGAUUUCCCUGAAGGCGACUUCCGCAGAAAUGCUCCUCGAUACCAAAAGGAAAACUUUUAUAAAAAUCUUGAACUUGUCAAGAAAUUGGAAUCUAUCGCUGCUAAAAACAAUGUUACCCCAGGUCAACUCAGCUUGGCUUGGAUUUUGGCUCAAGGCCAUAAUUUCCUCCCUAUCCCCGGCACGAAGCGCAUUAAGUACUUGGAAGAAAACUUUUCCGCCAAGGACAUUCAACUUUCUCCUGAAACAUUUCGUGAAAUCCGCGAAGCUUCUGACAGUGCCGAAGUCGUCGGUCAAAGAUAUCCUCCUGGUGCUGGUGCAAAGAUGUUUAUGGAUACACCACCUUUGUCUAAGUAAGACCCAAAGGUCAACAUGCACGAUUAAUCUUAAUAAUAAUUUACGAAUUAUCAUAACAGAGGAAUUCCGUUAUGUUUUAAAUAGCUUUUAGAUGUAUUAUCUUCCCUCAAUUUUUUACUAUCUUCCCUUUUGUCUUAAAAAAGCUUUAAUAUAUUCUUUUUUGGAAGUAAUACUCCCUUAGAGCCACA